AUGAUGGCUCCCAGGAGGAUGGAAACCAAACCGGUGAUCUUCUGUCUGAAGACGCUGCUGCUGUUUUACUCCUUCGUCUUCUGGGUGACAGGUGUGGUCCUGCUGUCAGUGGGGUUAUGGUGGAAGUUCAUGUUGGGUCCCUACAUGCUACUGAUCUCUAGUGUCCCCUCCAAUGCGCCGUAUGUGCUCGCUGGCACCGGAGCCGCCAUUGUGCUAUUUGGACUCUACGGCUGCUUUGCCACAUGCAAGGGGCGUCCCUGGAUGCUCAAACUGUACACCAUUUUUCUCUCUCUGGUCUUCAUAACUGAAGUCAUCGCUGGGAUCUCUGGGUUCAUCUUUCGUCAUGAGAUUAAAGAGACAUUUUUGACUUCGUACAGUGAGGCUGUGAUGCGAUAUGAUGGACUAGAUGACAGGAGUCUGGCCGUGGACAGCGUCCAGCGCAGACUGCACUGCUGUGGAGUUUACAACUACACCAGCUGGUUCAGCAGCGUGUAUUUUCCCAUUGGUGGGAUUCCUGCCAGCUGUUGCUUUAGUUUUGCUGACUGCAGUGGAGCCGACAUGAAGAAUGCAACGCUGGCUGUUCGCAAAGUCUACAGACAGGGCUGUUAUGAGUUGGUGGUGUCCUUCAUCGACAGCAACAUGGGGAUCAUUGCUGGAGUGACCUUUGGCGUUGCCUUCUCUCAGGUAAUUGGGAUGUGUCUGGCUUGCUGUUUGUCUUACUUCAUCAGCACCAAUCAGUACGAGAUGGUCUGACAGAAAACUACAUGAUGUACAGCACUAUGGAAACCUGCAAAACACACAGCUUAUUAGUUUUUUUUUGUAU